UGUUUCCCCGGCUCCCCGCCCCGGUCUCGGCGCAGCAUGGCAUCGCCCCUCUCGCAGAAGCUGGAGGAGAAGCUGGUGUGCUCCAUCUGCCUGGAGCUGUUCCGGGUGCCCGUCACUUUGCCGUGCGGCCACAACUUCUGCAAGCGUUGCAUCAGCAACCACUGGGACAAGCAAAAGCAGGCGGCGGCCGGGAGCUGCACCUGCCCCGAGUGCCGCAGGGGCUUCGGGCGGUGCCCGGAGCUGGAGAAAAAUGUCAUCCUGGACAGCGUGGUGGAGCUGGCUCGGGACAGCGACGCGCGGGGCUCGGCCACGGGCCGGUGCGAGGUGGCCCCGGGCGAGCUGUGCCGGCAGCACGGGCGGCCGCUGGAGCUGUACUGCCAGGACGAGCGGCGCUGCAUCUGCUGCAUCUGCACCGUGCGGGACUGCCAGCGCCACCGGCGGGUGCUCUUCGAGGAGGAACGAGCCAAAAAGCAGACGUUUUUGAAAGAAUCCCUGGAAAAAGCCCAGGAGGAAUCAGAGAGGAUUGAGCUGGCAAUGAAGGAGCUGGAGUUGCAAACACUGAGCAUUGAGGACUGCUCUGAGCUCAAAGCUGGGAUUCAGAGCAAAUUCACCCACCUGAGGACAGCUCUGGAGGAUCUCCAGCAUCAGACAAUGGCCAGGAUUGAGCAAGAGAAGGGGGCAGCACUGGAGCGUGUGGACAAGAACUGGAACCUGUGUAAGGAUCGCCUGGAUGUGCUUGGCCAGCACAGGGAGAGGGCUCAGAGCCUACUGGCCUGCCCUGACCACAGGACCUUCCUCCAGGAGUUCCCCCUGCUCCCACCUCUGGAGAGCCCAGAGGCGCUGGUGCCCGUGGAGUUUGAUGUGGCUGCUGUGAUCAAGCCCAUCUCUGAGAUCCUCACCAGCAUCUCCAGGCUCCUGCUGGAGGACCUGCCUGGCUCUGUGGCCCCCAAAGCCCCAGACCCCGCUGGCCAAGGCCCAGUGCAUCCCCAGGAGCUGACAGUGAAGGCUGUGGCCCCUCUCCCCACGUGCCAGCUCCGAGCUGAGCUUCUGAAGGACCACCGCAACCUGACCUUCGAUCCCCAGACAGCCAACAAGUACCUGCAGCUGUCCCGAGGAGCCCGGAAGGCCAAGCACAGUCCCAGUGCUGUCCCUGGGCAGGAGCAGGGCCCUCGCUUCCAGCCCUGGCAGGUGCUGUGCACGCAGAGCUACGGCCCUGGCCACCACUACUGGGAGGUGAAGAUCUCCAGCCACUCUGUCAUCCUGGGGGUCACCUACCAGGGGCUCCCCCGGGAGCAGCAGCAGGGCCACAGGUUCAACAUCGGGCUGGAUGGGGGCUCCUGGGGGCUGCAAGUGAGGGAGGAUUGUUACCUGGCCUGGCACAAGGGCCAGGCUGAGAAAAUCCAGGAGCAGCUCUACAAGAACCUGGGGGUCAGCCUGGAUUAUGGCAAGGGGCUCCUCUCCUUCUACGGCCUCGGGGAGAGGACAAAGCUCAUCCACUCCUUCCACGGUGUCUUCACUGAGCCCCUGUACCCCGUGUUUUGGCUGUGUGAGGGGAGAGUGGUGACACUGUGCCACCACACUGAGCCGUACCCCUUCUUGGUUUCCUCUCGCCGUUUUCAGGGGGCGGUGCUGUGCGAUGUGUGCCCGCCCGAGUCCCGGGUGCCGGCGGAGCGGUCGUGCCUGGUGUGCCUGGCGUCCUUCUGCGGGGCGCACCUGGAGCCGCACCGGCGCGCCCCGGCUUUCCGCGCACACCGCCUGGUGGCCCCGCUGCGCCGGCUGGAGGAAGGGCUGUGCCCCCGGCACCUGCAGCCCCUGGACGGCUUCUGCCGCACGGAGCAGAGCUGCGUCUGCUCCCGCUGCCGCGCCCACGAGCACCGCGCCCACGACGUGGUGCCCCUCGAGCAGGAGCGAGAGUACAAGCAGGCCCAGCAAGCCAAAUUCCUCAGCGAUGUGGAGAAUGAGCUGGAGGAGCUGGCAGUCACCAUCACCCAGGCCAAGAAGAUGGUGGAGCUCAUUAAGGGUGCUGCCACAAAGGAGAGGGAAAGGGUGGAGAAGCUCUUCGCAGAGGCCUCUGAGGUGCUGGCGACCUUCCAGAAGGAGGUGAUGGGGUUCCUGGAGGACGGGGAGCGCUCCAUGCUGGGGGAGGCCGAGGCCGAUCUCCGCUGGAAGGAGGAGAGACGAGCCAAGCUGGCACAGUGCAAGCAGAACCUGCAGAACGUCCCCAGCACCGACACUAUCUACUUCCUCCAGGAAUUUCAGGCCUUGAAAGUAGCCUUGGAAGAAAACCUCUCUCCACCUUUGAGCUUCCAGAAAGAACUGAACUUCACCAAGUGCACCCAAGCCGUGGGUGCCAUGAAGGAUGUGCUGUCCACUGCCUGCAAAAACCAGUGGAACCACUUGCAGGGGAAAGGAAUUGAUGGAUUCAAUUGCCAGGAGAUGGAGGAAGCAUUGGCUGAAUCCAGAUUUCCAGACAAGUCAAACAAUCCUGCCUUCCUGGAGCACCGUGAUUAUUUCCUGAAGUUCGCCUUCAUCAUCGACCUGGACAGCGACACAGCCGACAAGUUCAUCCAGCUGUUCGGCACCAAGGGGGCCAAGCGGGUGCUGUGCCCCAUCCCCUACCCGGAGAGCCCCACCCGCUUCAUCAACUGCGAGCAGGUGCUGGGUCUGAACCUCAUGAACAGGGGCAACUACUACUGGGAGGUGGAGCUGAUCGACGGCUGGGUGAGCAUCGGGGUCAUCGCCGAGGACUUCGACCCGCGCCAGGCCUACAGCCAGGGCCGGCUGGGCAGGAACGACCGCUCCUGCUGCCUGCAGUGGAACGGCCAGAGCUACGUGGCCUGGUUCGGGGGCUUCGAGUGCAGCAUCCAGCAGCCCUUCUUCCACACCAUCGGCGUCUUCCUGGAGUACUCCGAAAAGGCUUUGACCUUCUACGGGGUCAAGGACUCCAAAAUGACCUGCCUGCAGCAGCUCAAGGUCUGCCCCUCUGCCAAGGGGAAGCUUGACCCGUUCCAGAACAAGAUCAACAGGCAGUUUGGCUCCCUUUUCUCGUGCAGGCUGAAGCCAGCCUUCUUCCUGGAGAGCGUGGACGCCCACCUGCAGAUCGGGCCGCUGAAGAAGGACUGUGUGUCGGUGCCGAAGCGCCGCUGACUGCCCAGGGAGAGGGGCACCCACCAAAGUCUCUCCUGGAGAUUACUGCCGCCUCUCUUCGGUAGCCCUGUGUGUCUCUGUGGCAGCCCUCCCUCCUCUCUGCGCUGCUGGGGACCCAGGGCUGGAUGUGGGGCAGGAUGGG